AUGGGGUCAUUGACAGAGUACUCUGAAAAAUUCCAUUGUUGUCAAGUGUUUGAUGAUGAAGAAUCUAGAGGCCAAAUUAGACAAGGAGGUGUUGAAUUUGUAAUAAGCCCAAAAGAACAUCUUGGUCUUGAUGCCAAGACAAUUAGUGAUUUGCCUAUUUUCAUGUUCAAGUUAUCUUCUUUAACAAAUGACGUGAAGAAGCUGGAUAAUUACAUGGAAAGUGAGUGUUCAAUAUGUUUGGGAUGUUAUGAAGAUGAAGAGAUUGUCAAGAUGAUGCCUAAAUGUCACCAUGGCUUUCAUUCACCUUGUCUUGAUAAGUGGCUUGGUAAUUGUUCAACUUGUCCCCUUUGUAGAUCCUCUGUUGAUUCUUCCGCAGUUCUACUGUUGAAGCAUGAUGGAACUGAUAGCGAAAGGCUGAAAGAGUGUGAGUUAGCCGUAGGAGUUAUUGCUCUACUGUUAUUAGUUUCACUUAUUACCAGCUGCUUUUCCAGUGAAAUAGUAUUAUCAAGUUCUGCAUCUGGGGAUGCAGUUUUGGUCCAAAUAAACAAGGGGCUUGAUGAAGAAUCUAUUCAAAAGCUGCCAGUUUUCUUAUUUGGUGAGACAUGUACAGGUACUGUUAAAGAAAGUGAGUGCCCAAUUUGUUUGGGGUUAUUUAGAGAUGAUGAAAUGGUUAAGUUAUUGCCAGAUUGUCACCAUACAUAUCAUGCUGAAUGUAUCGAUAAAUGGCUCUCGUGUCACUCCAAUUGUCCUCUGUGUCGAGCUUCUCUGCAACUCAACUCUACUGAAAUUUCAGCAGUCACUGCAUGA